GGCUCAUGGCAUCGGAACCUGCCCUCCAGUAGACUCCUCCUGCAGAAAGGCAUCAGUACUUCGCAGUAGGUUCGUUUCACAAUAUUUCGCCUUCCAGUAGCAGAGUGCAGAUGUCCGUCGAAGAUUCAGCGACACCCUGUACAUCGCGGCGGAUCUCGUAGACGCCCGGGGUUUUGAAGAGUCAUGACUUGUCGACGGCUAUGAUGUGAUGGUUGCCGAAUCGAAGAGUUUACCAGAGCGUGUCGCAGGAAUAUACUACAGCCAUGGAGUGCUCUGCGCCGCUCACCCCAUACCCGUCAUCAUCGUUGCGAUAAUCACCGUAUUACUCACAUGUAUACCGUUGGCAAACUUGCCCCUUCCGAGCAACAUACCGCAAACGUUCGUCGAAAGAGCCAACAGCUCCUCUUCGGACGCACCGAGAUGGCUCCUCGAUCCGCCCAUCUUUGUACAGCAGGUGAUUAUGAAAAGUGCAGUCUCGCCUUGGACGGAGGACAUGAUACUCACAGAUGCGAUAAGGGCACCAUUGGCGGAAGUUUUCCGCCUUAUAGAAGCCAUUCAGAAUUAUCAACAUCCGAGUGGUAUUACUUUGCUGGAUGUAUGUACACGUGUCGAAGCGCCAUUGCGUCCGCUUCCACUCCCGCAAUACAACUGCCUCAUUGUGUCUCCAGCCAACUUCUGGCACCAGGACCCAAAUCAGUUUUUCGACGAUGUGAGCCUUGUCACAACUGUGUACAACCAAGGCAGCGUACAAGUAGGCAAGUCGUCCCUGUCCGAGCUCCUUUUCGGCGUGAACCUGAAGGAGGCUGGGUUCAAAAGGUACCCGUUGCGCAGCCGCCAGCGCAUACUGCAGUAUGCUGUAACCAUCUUCUACAAUGUCUACAACAAAGAGUUUGUAGAUGGUAUGAAUAGACACUUGGCAAACCUCUACCCAGUACACAACGACAACUCGACAAGGGACAUCAUACACAUCUAUCAUCCGGGAGAUUUCGACUUCCAUGAGUUCCUACCUCUCUUUUUCACCUACACCAUACUCUUUUUCUAUAUGUAUUUUUCCGUACGGAAGAUCGAACUCGUUAAGAACAAGGUCGGGAUCGCCCUGAGUGCUGUGUUCACCGUCAUGGCUUCGCUUGUCAUGUCAAUUGGCCUUUGCCUUUUUUUCGGUUUGGACCCGGCCGGGAGCAGCCGCGGCAGGGAGGUUUUCCCAUACCUUGUAGUCGUAGUCGGUCUUGAGAACAUUCUCGUCCUGACGAAAUCGAUCGUCUCGACUCAGGCCCACCUUGACGCAAAGAUACGAGUCGCUCAGGGAUUGAGCAAAGAAGGCUGGGGCAUUACUAAAAACCUGCUCGCUGAGCUCACAAUACUCACAAUAGGACUCUUCACUCUUGUACCUUCAAUCCAGGAAUUUUGCAUAUUUGCUAUGGUCGGCCUACUCUGCGAUUUCUUCCUCCAGAUGUGCUUUUUUUCGACGGUUCUUUCGCUCGACAUGCGCGGCAUGGAAGAGGCAUCCGACGGUAUGAUGCCACGCCUUCGCGACUAUGUGACUCCUCAGCAGCAUAGAUCUAUAACAAGGACGAGGUCCGUGCCAAGGAUAGACUGCAGGGCGGAUGAGAACGACCGAGUGCCCAAAAGACUCCGGCUAAUGCUGUUCUGGGGCAGGACAAGGAUAGUCCAGCGUGCUUUCAUGUUGGUAAUGGUCGCCUGGAUCGGUGGUUUUGUCUAUUCAGCUGGCAUACUGCAACAUCUUGUUCCAUCAAGCCCUGAGAAUGGUAUGCGAAGUGUUCCUGCGCAGCAGAUUCCACACAAGUAUAAAAGCCCUUUGGGCAAGGAAGGAGAACAGGCAAUACUCGAAAAAUCACAUUUGAAACUUCAUCCUGAUAAUUUUGACAACCAGGUCCUGCAGAAUUAUGGCGAUGCCGCUGUGCUCCCGCUUGUUAAAUGGUGCUAUCUGACAACUGUGUACAAUUCGAGCUCGGCGUGCCGUCUCGCCUCCUUGCCUCCAGUCCGCCUCGGCUGUCUCAUACCUCCGGUGCGGGCCACAGCACUUAGGAAUUCAAGGGAGCCAUUGAUGAAGCCGUUCAAAUGGCACUCGCUCGCCCAGGCACUCGACCCGACCGAGGAUGUUGACGCUGGCUCUCAAGCGCGUGACUUCGAAACCCCUUUCCUCCCUACGUCACCGCUCGAGGUCUUGCUCGUCACGGCCUUAUGCGUCAUAUCGAUUCUCGUAAUGUCAUAUGCCUCUUUGGCUCUCUACCACUGUAUUUGCUCGAGGAAUUACGCACAAUGGAGGUCGGCGUGGACGAACAACCAGGCCAACCAGCCUGACACAACUGCUCAGGUGGUCCUUCAAGCUGUACCACUUGUCCUGGAAGGCCAGGGUCAGUGCGUUGAAUGGCUCACAUCUGACGGAAGCACCGUUGCCUGUUCUUACCUAAGUGGAGACGUCAACGUCUGGGACAUAUCAUCUGGUGAACGGCUCUCUCACAUCAACCGUAAAAGUUAUUUCUCGCCAAAGAAUGAAUUAGAAAAUUUGAGCUCUGAGGGGAGCAGCCCGCGAUGCGAGUAUAAAUCCCAUUCACCAACGCCAUUACAAGAACAAAGGGCUAGGCGCCGCUUUACAUCGGAUCAGGAGGUGCCGCGCCGUUUGCCAGACCUGAGCAAGGCGAUCAACUUCAACUUUACAAAGAACAGUGGUCAGAGGGUGCCACAGGACUAUUCCGAGCAGGGUUUUGACUACGGCCCAACUGUACGACUACUCUACGAGCAGGAGACCGAUCUUGAAUGGGAAGAGGAAAAUGAAGAAGGCCUGUUUGAAAACUGUCCCAACAUUUGGUCGAUGAGCUCGGCUGAUAAUCUCAUCGUACUCGGCACGAGCUCAGGACGCCUCGAAUUCUGGGAGGCGACUACAGGCAAACUCAAAGGCAUAUUCGAUGAUAAUUGCAACAUCGGAGUGACUUGUCUCAAGAUGGUGAGUACGAGGUGCGUAGUUGCGAGGCUCAAUGGUGGCCUGGAGCUCUUUACCAUAGACUGGUGUUCUGUUCCGAAUCAGACCUAUAGAAGAGCUGGAGGCCACAUUAGAGCGCAGAGCAGUGGCGGCCUUGAGGCGUAUGGUUUUGAAAGCCUCCCUGGCAGUGGCGAGCUCAUGAUCCAUCGUAGCCGUAGCGUCCGUGCCCAUCAACAGCCGAUUACUGUUCUCGAGGUUGAAGCGGGCCGUAUACUGACCGGCAGCCGGGAUCACACGCUCAAGGUGUUCAGCCUGCAUGAUGAGUUCCUUGUCUUCACACUGCAUGCGCAUUGUGGGCCGAUAACGUCGCUCUUCAUUGACAGCAUCAACCCGAUGACUGCUGGGUCAGGCAGCCAAGACGGCAUGGUCUGCGUCUGGGACCUACUGACCGGAGCCUGCGUGUACUCACUGGAUGCUCAUGACGGCCCCGUAACUGCCAUGACAUACUCUUCAAGCUAUGUCCUAAGCCUGGGAUUCGACGAGAAACUCUGUGUUUGGGAUCGAUUCCAAGGACACCUUCUCAACACAGUCCAAUUGACUCAAGCUUACUGCACAAGCAUGGCGAUGCUGACGCAUAAUUUACUCAUCACUUCUAAACAGGGUUCUUUAGUUAUAUGGGACGUAAGGACGGGCGAGCCAGUACGACUGGUCAAACUUGGCCACACAGACCCGUACGUGUACGUCAACACGAUACUACCUCUGCGCGAUUCGGUCGCCUGUGAUUACGGCCAUUCCCUCCGCAUCGUGCGGUUCCCUCUUGUAAGGGAUAAGACUGACUGACGGGCCGGACAUGACGAUUGCUCAAUUUAUAACCCCCCAUAACAAAAAAACAAAAAAAAAAUGUCGACUUUUCUUCUCUUAGCACUGUUGUUUUUCUUUCCCUUAA